GACGCCUGCUACGCGACAAAAAUACGGAUCACCGUGAUGAGAUGUUGAAAAUUCAAGUUUUGGCUUAGUUUUUUUGCAUUGCAACGACAGCGGCAAUAUGCAGUUUGUUUCACGAUACAAAAAGGAACAAUGUUGAAAUGUCUGCUGUAAAAUACGGAUGUAAAGGCUGAUGUUUCGCGAGGGGCGCGCGGCACGAUGAGUGCUGGUGAUGAUCAUCAUCAUGUUCCCGCGGGAGAGCUGGACGAGCGCGCCGUCCAGCAGGAGCACGAGCUCGAGGCGCUCGCUGCCAUCUACGGUGACGACUUCCAGGAUAUAAGGACGAAGCAGCCGUGGAAGGUUAAACGCCCCCCGGAGGUGUACCUGUCCUUGCACCCGAAGGGGCUGGAGUGCGGACAGGAGAGCUAUGUGAAGGUGGACCUGGAGGUGAAAUGUCCCCCCACGUAUCCAGAUGUGUCUCCACAUCUGGAGCUAAAGAAUGCCAAAGGUCUCUCCAAUGAAAACCUUCAGAACCUCCAGGCAGAACUCACAAAGCUGGCAGCAGCAAGAUGUGGUGAGGUAAUGAUAUUUGAGCUGGCGGACUUUGUGCAAAGCUUCCUGAGUGAGCAUAAUGUGCCGCCACCACGCUCUUUCCAUGAGGAAAUGCUGAAGAAUCAUCAGCGGCAACAGGAGCGUCUAGCCAAAGAACAGCAGCAGAGGAUGGACCUCCAGCGUCAGCAGGAGGAGCAGAUGCAAAAUGAGAUCUUGGCUGAGAUCCAAAGAAGAGAAGAGGAGAAGCGGGAGGAGAAGAAGAGGAAAGAAAUUGCAAAACAGGAACGCUUUGAGAGUGUGGUCCAGACAGCCUCCCAGACUUUGGUGCUGGGACGCUCCUGCUCAAGCGGGGCAACACCAGAGCAGGCCGAGUCUAGGAAAGGGAGCAACAGCCGGCGACGAACCAACUCCAGCAGUCGCCACAGGCGGGACACAUAUAACUCCAACAGUGAUGAUGGCUGUCGGCCACCAGAGGUCCUCCGUUUCAGCAACAGCACCUUGGGGGAGCUUACUGUACACACAGGGAGAUGGCUAGGUGAGAGUGAGACUCUGGGUCGCAGUGUGUACAAUGCCUUUGUGGCAUCUACUGGCAGUUUUGCUGUGGUGUAUGAGUGGACCCUCCGCUGGAAAAUGAAGUUGGGCAAGUUUCUCACCAACCAGGAAAAGGAGAAGAUUGAAAAGUGCAAAAAACAGAUCCAGGGAGCAGAGAGUGAGCUCAACUCUCUGCUGAAGUUGGAGCACCCACACCUAGUGCAUUACAUGGCACUCAGCCACCGUGAACUGGAGGACUGCCUGGUGGUGGACUUGUUGGCAGAGCAUGUGGCGGGCUACAGUCUGGCCCACACUCUCACUCGUGGCACCCCCCUGCCAGUGGACCGCCUGCGCCAACUUGCUGCUCAACUGUUGGCUGCACUUGACUACCUGCAUUCCAACUCAGUGGUCCACAAAAAGCUGACAGCCUCCAGUGUGCUACUGGAUGCUGAUGGCAACUUGCGACUCACUGACUACAGCUUGUCCAAGCGGCUGGCCGACGUCUGCAAAGAAGAUGUUUUUGAGCAAGUGCACGUCCGCUUCUCUGAGGACACUAUUCCUACCAAAACUGGCAAGAAGGGUGACAUCUGGAGCAUGGGCCUGCUGCUGUUGGCACUCAGCCAAGGAGCUGAAGUCAGGGAAUACCCUGUGUCUGUACCCAGCAACCUGCCCACUGAUUUUCAGGACUUCCUCAACAGGUGUGUAUGCCUGAAUGAUGCAGAACGUUGGAACACACAACAGCUCCUGGGCCAUUCCUUCUUCAAGCCCCCAUCCCCCAGGACACCCUUGCAUUGCCAGGAUGACAGUCCAGAAGAUGCUGGCGAUGACUUUGCUUCCACUAUAUUCCCUCGUAAUCGAAAUCUGAAUGCUCCCUUCAGCACUGAGAUUCAGAAGCAGUUCUCCCGUUACUACAAUGAGUUUGAAGAGCUGAAGCUCCUAGGGAAAGGGGCAUUCGGAGCUGUUAUUAAGGUUCAGAACAAACUGGAUGGUUGUUACUAUGCUGUGAAACGGAUACAGGUGAACCCAAGCAGCAAGCAGUUCCGCCGGAUCAAAGGUGAGGUGACUCUGUUGUCACGAUUAAACCACGAGAACAUUGUCCGAUACUACAAUGCCUGGAUUGAGAGGCAUGAGAAGCCAUCCGUGGGUGUGCUGAGCAGUGACAGCUCUGAGCCCCAGAGCUCCCCAGGGAAGUCACCCCGGCAUGAGUCACGGAAGCGCAAUGAGCUGGACAUGCCAGAUGAUGUAGAGGCUGAGGCUCCCCCGCCCACGCUUGCCAGCUCUGUCGAGUGGAGUACGUCCAUCGAGAGGUCUUCCAGUGCUAAGUGCAGCGGUGCAGACCUGGAUUCCAGUGAUGAAGAUGAUGAAGAGGAGGAUGUCUUUUGCCCCUCAUUCCUUCCCUGCAGCAGUGAUUCUGAGAGUGACAUUAUAUUUGACAAUGGGGAUGGCAGCAGGGACAGCCUCUCUCCAGAAAACGAUGAGAAGAGCAAAGGAAAAGAGGCUGCAACUGCUGAGAGCACAGACACAGAGUGUCUGCUUCUGGUUGCUCAUUAUCUGUACAUACAGAUGGAAUACUGUGAAAAGAGCACUUUAAGAGACACAAUUGACAAGGGCUUGUAUUUGGACAGCAGUCGCCUCUGGAGGCUGUUCCGGGAAAUCCUGGAUGGAUUGGCAUAUAUCCACGAGCAGGGAAUGAUUCAUCGUGAUUUGAAACCUGUUAACAUCUUUCUGGACUCCCUGGACCAUGUGAAAAUUGGGGAUUUUGGCUUGGCAACAGACCAUCCUGCUAACGUGGCUGCAGGCAAGCUGGAAACUGAGGAGAGUGGCUCAGCUGUCGUACUUAAACCAGACUCCACAGACAACAUGACUGGAAUGGUUGGUACUGCCUUAUACGUUAGCCCAGAAGUGCAAGGCAAUACUAAGGCCACCUACAAUCAGAAAGUGGACCUGUUCAGCCUUGGCAUUAUCCUGUUUGAGAUGUCCUACAGACCUAUGACCACCACAUCAGAGCGGAUCACUGUCUUGAGCCAGUUACGCAAGGACUCUAUUGAGUUUCCUGAUGAUUUCCAUGAAUAUGCGAUAGGACCACAGCGGAAGGUGAUUAGCUGGCUGCUAAAUCAUGACCCUGCCAUGCGGCCCACAGCCCAGGAGCUACUGAAGAGCGACCUGCUGCCACCACCGCAGAUGGAGGAGUCAGAGCUACAUGAGGUUCUGCAGCUCACCAUGGCCAAUGUUCAUGGGAAGGCCUAUCGCACUAUGGUCAACCAGCUGUUCUCCCAGAGUAUCUCGCCGGUUAUGGACUACACCUAUGACAUUGAUGUCUACAAGGGAAGUUUUAAUGUUAACAGUGUAAAACUACAGCAGUAUGUAUAUGAAACAAUAACUCGGAUCUUCAAAAAACAUGGUGCGGUGCGGCUCCAGACCCCCCUUCUCAUGCCAAAAAACAGGACACUCUAUGAGGGCAGUGAGCUGGCCUGCUUCAUGGACCACAGUGGCAUGCUGGUCACGUUGCCCUAUGAUCUCCGGGUGUCUUUUGCAAGAUAUUUGGCAAGAAAUAAUGUUUCAGCUUUGAAAAGAUACUGCAUAGAGAGGGUGUUUCGGCCUCGCAGGCUGGACCGUGCACAUCCGCGGGAGCUCCUUGAAUGUGCUUUUGAUAUUGUCACUCCUGCCACCAACAGUCUGUUCCCUGAUGCUGAGGUCAUCUACACCAUCUCAGAAAUUAUUCAGGAGUUCGCUUCCCUGCAGGAAAGGAACUAUUGUGUGUACUUGAACCACACCAGCCUGCUGCGGGCCAUGCUGCUGCACAGUGGCGUUCCUGAAGACAAACUUCUGCAGGCCUCCAUCAUCCUCUGUGAUGCCAUGACUGAAAAACUAACACGACGUGAGGUGGAAGCCAAGUUCUGCAACCUGUCCCUGUCCACCAACAGUUUGCAGACACUUUACAAGUAUACUGGGCAGAAGGGGGAGCUACGUGAGCUGAUACCCCUCAUCAACUCUCUGAUGAAGCAAAAGACUGCUCUCACCCAGCUGGCCAAGCAGGCUGUCAAGGACUUGGAGGAGAUCACGGGCCUACUUAAGAAGUUGGGGGUCAAGCUUCAGGUUGUAGUGAACUUGGGCCUAAUCUACAAAGUGCAACAUCACUGUGGAGUCAUCUUCCAGUUUGUUGCCUUUGUCCAUCGCCGACGGCGCACAGUGGCUGACAUUAUAGCAGCUGGGGGCCGUUAUGAUCACCUGAUCACAGAGUUCUGUGGCCCUGGAUCCCUUGCUCCGGUCCGCUCUGCUGUUGGCGCCAGCUUGGCAAUAGACAAAGUCUGUGCUGUCCUGGCUAGCAUGGAGGAACCGCCUGUGGUGAGUUCCUGUGAUGUCAUGGUGGUCCCUAUGGGUCAAAAUUCUAUGGACAGAGCCAUCAAUGUCAUUCAGAAGUUGUGGAGUACCGGGGUCUCAGCUGAUAUAGUUUACGAUGCCUCUCAGUCCCAGGAGGCGGUACUGGAACAAUGCCGACAAGCUGGGAUCACCUGUGUGGCUCUGGUCUCAGACAAAGAGGGCAACUACAUCAGGGUCAAGUCUUUUGAGAAAGAUCGUCAGUCAGAGAAGAGAAUUCCAGAAACAGACCUAGUGGAUCACAUAGUUCAAAAAUGUCGGACCAAGUUUUAUGAGGAAAGGAACAACAGGGAAAUGUGUGACAGCGUUUCUCUUCAGAACACCAAGGGGUCACUUCUGGCUACCUCAGGAUCAUUGGAACCCCAUGGGAGCAGUGCUGCAAUGAAUGUGAAUCUCAUCACUCCGGAGAAGGUGUCUGCCAGCACCAGGAGACGUUAUGAAACACAGAUACAAACUAGACUGCAGAACCUUGGGAGCAAUUUGCAAAACAAAAGCAACGAAAUUGAAGUUUUAGCAGUUGAUCUGCCAAAGGAAACCCUCAUCAACUUCCUGUCCCUGGAGUUUGAUGGUGAGGAGCAGUUCAAUGUCAGUGUGAAGCACCUCCUCUCCCGCCUGCCUAAACAGCGCUACCUGAAGUGUAUCUGUGAAGAGAUCCACCGCUUCAAAAUUGCGAAACAAGUCGCUGUUGUAGUUUUAUAUAGCUACAAGGAUGACUACUACAAGAUUCUCCUGUAAACCAAAGGACGGCCAUUUCCAGAGGACAAGCUGCCCUGCAAGUGCAAUCUUCUUAAUGGUUGUGUAACCUGCUUGAAUGGAGCCAGUAACGGUACUGAAAGGAUGAAGCCUGAAGUGCCAAUUGAAUGUGCUCUAGUAUUGCUCCACCAGCUCCAGUGCAGUCAAUUUUUCAGCCUUCCUUUUAAUUGCAUACCGUUUCCAGUUCUGGGUAACAAGUAUGGAUUU